AUGAACCACCUGGAGGCCGUCACCCCGGCUCUGCCCUCCUUGCUACAUCACGGGAUCGACCAACCACUCAACCUGCUCGUUCCAUCUAUAUUUAACCCUCCCCUCGAUGCUGCCUCGGCUGCCACCAAGUCUCCAACAACAAUUGAUAUGCCAAUCCUCGAUGCGUCAACUGGGAAAGUGGUGGACACCAGCUUAACAGACGGCCAGAAUCUCAUGUCCUCAAUCCUCGCGCCCCCACCCCAGGCUCCGCACAGCAGUCGCGGAUCCAAGAAAUUCAUGCACGAUAGCUCUACUGGCGUUGUCGAAACCGCGUUUGACACAACCAUCGAGCAGAACGCGCAUGGCACCCUUAUUGGCAUCCACCUCACAAAUCCACGCGCCUACCCACUCUCUCGCCCUUCCACAUGCUCAACCAAUACGAGCUCCAAAACCUGUAUGACCACCACACACGCUAGCUUCAUCUCCCUCUCCAGCAGUGCUUCGGCCCAGAUGGGUCAAAGGCGCGCUGGUCUCCAACCCGAGACAGCGGAACAAACACAGGGCGCUGGCUCUCUGGCGCGACAAACAAAUGGGGCGGGAAUAACAAUUCAGACCCCAAGUGCCGACGUCACAUAUGCGCCAUCCGCUCACUCCGCUUCCCCAACCUGGGGAGUAUUAGACCCGUCAUACUACGCAUUUUUGCGUACUGCCCCGUUCGUCGACUGA